GGGGACAUCAUGGGACACAUGCGCGAAGAUUGCGCAAUAGAGCAAUGCAUUGUGGGAAGUAAAAUGGUGAUCCUCGUCGGUUAGACUACGAAACGAUACGAUGUAUGCCUCCAAGUCCUUGUCAUUGAGUAUCUAGAGAAAUAUACGCGUAUAGUAGCAUACAACUGAAUCUGUGAGUAUUCAGGGUACACAAUGCUCAAUUUAGGUUUCUUGUCAGGCGUCGUUAACACUGCUAUGAGAACGCAGGCUGUAAAAACGUUCCUCACUCUGUCAUCAGUAAGAAGGACUUUAGUUUGGACAAACAAACAAUCGCAACUCAGGACUUACAGUCAAGAUCAUGCGAAAAGUGGAUCGGCUAACUUUGUUUGUUACAGUUUGCCGCACAGGACUCUAGUUAAAAUAUAUGGCCAUGAGACCAAUUCAUAUCUUCAAGGACUUGUUACAAAUGACAUGGAGUUGCUGGAGGACGAAAGAUGCAUGUAUUCACACAUGCUGAAUGUGCAGGGGAGGACUCUCUAUGACCUUAUCUUAUACAGUUUGAAAGGAGAUUCUGCAGAACACAGCCUUUUACUGGAGUGUGACAGCACAGUGAAAGACGCAAUCUUAAAGCAUCUGAAGGUAUACAAAAUCCGCCGUAAGGUUAGCGUCACCCCUUGUCCUGAACUUGCUAUAUGGGCCCUGUUACCUGUGGACAACAGUUCACCAGGCAAACCAGAAGUGACUGCCAACAAAGACAAUACUGUACUGGAGAAGGACCCAAGAACUGAGCUUAUGGGGUGGAGACUGAUUGUCUGCCAAGAAGUUAAUCCAAAGGACAUCAUUGCCUCCGUUCAAGUGGGAGACACAGAAGAGUAUCACAAGCACCGUUAUACAAUUGGCUUGCCAGAGGGUGUGAGCGAUCUUCCUCCUGGUGUUGCCUUGCCUCUGGAAUCCAACUUGGUGUACAUGAAUGGAAUCAGCUUCAGUAAAGGCUGUUACAUUGGCCAGGAGCUCACAGCCAGAACCCACCACACAGGUGUUGUGCGCAAGCGCUUGAUGCCUGUGUGUAUGUCCAUGCCAGUUGACGGACUGAAGGAGGGAGUGGCACUGCAGACAAAUUCUGGGAAACCAGCGGGGAAGUACAGAGCUGGGAAAGGAGACCUCGGACUGAGUCUUGUCCGCUUGGCACACGCUAACGAGCCACUAACACUGAAGGCAUCUGAGGAUGGCAGCGCUGUGACGCUGCAGGCCGCCAUGCCUGAGUGGUGGCCUAAAGAUGCCAAGUGAGCCAAAGGCAAAAUUGCACAACAUUCUGUUAAAACACAUCAGGAUCACAUGUAUCAAAAUUUGGGGCAUAACGAAAAUUAUGUGGUGGCUUUUUAACUAGUUCUACACUGCAUUAAAGACCACACAUAAGAUAUUUGUUUUUAUUUAUUUAGGUUCUGAAACUUGAAAUAUGACCAUUCACACACAACGUCCAUUACUAG